AUGUUUCUCGCCCUUACAGCCGAAUUGGCGGGUGUCACGAACUUGCGCCCAAACGAUAGCGAGGAUUCGCCAUAUUAUUAUACUUUCAAAGUACAAUGUACAUCAUGUCGGGAGACUCAUCCGAAUUGGGUUGGAGUUAGCAAAUAUGAUACAAACGAGAUCUCUGGCUCUAGAGGCGAAGCAAACUUUGUAUGGAAAUGCAAGAAUUGUAAAAGAGAGCACUCUGCCAAUAUCAAAACAAAAGCUACACCAUACGAACAAUCUGAACCAGCAAAGCGACAGAAUAUUAUCGAACUCGAAUGUCGUGGUUUAGAGUUUGUAGAGUUCAAGCCAGAUGGAGAGUGGCUGUGCGAAGGUCUUGAAAGCGGAACCAAAUUCACAGCUGUCGAACUAUCGGAAGGGGAAUGGUUUGAUUACGACGAAAAGGCGGGGGAAGAAGUUAGCAUCCAGCGUUUGACGUGGGAGAUAAGAAGAACUUGA